AUGAAUGAUGAUGAUGAUGAUGAUGAUGAUGAUGAUGAUGAUGAUGAUGAUGAUGAUGAUGAUGAUGAUGAUGAUGAUGAUGAUGAUGAUGAUGAUGAUGAUGAUGAUGAUGAUGAUGAUGAUGAUGAUGAUGAUGAUGAUGAUGAUGAUGAUGAUGAUGAUGAUGAUGAUGAUGAUGAUGAUGAUGAUGAUGAUGAUGAUGAUGAUGAUGAUGAUGAUUAUGAUGAUGAUGAUGAUGAUGAUGAUGAUGAUGAUGAUGAUGAUGAUGAUGAUGAUGAUGAUGAUGAUGAUGAUGAUGAUGAUGAUGAUGAUGAUGAUGAUGAUGAUGAUGAUGAUGAUGAUGAUGAUGAUGAUGAUGAUGAUGAUGAUGAUGAUGAUGAUGAUGAUGAUGAUGAUGAUGAUGAUGAUGAUGUGAUGAUGAUGAUGAUGAUGAUGAUGAUGAUGAUGAUGAUGAUGAUGAUGAUGAUGAUGAUGAUGAUGAUGAUGAUGAUGAUGAUGAUGAUGAUGAUGAUGAUGAUGAUGAUGAUGAUGAUGAUGAUGAUGAUGAUGAUGAUGAUGAUGAUGAUGAUGAUGAUGAUGAUGAUGAUGAUGAUGAUGAUGAUGAUGAUGAUGAUGAUGAUGAUGAUGAUGAUGAUGAUGAUGAUGAUGAUGAUGAUGAUGAUGAUGAUGAUGAUGAUGAUGAUGAUGAUGAUGAUGAUGAUGAUGAUGAUGAUGAUGAUGAUGAUGAUGAUGAUGAUGAUGAUGAUGAUGAUGAUGAUGAUGAUGAUGAUGAUGAUGAUGAUGAUGAUGAUGAUGAUGAUGAUGAUGAUGAUGAUGAUGAUGAUGAAUGAUGAUGAUGAUGAUGAUGAUGAUGAUGAUGAUGAUGAUGAUGAUGAUGAUGAUGAUGAUGAUGAUGAUGAUGAUGAUGAUGAUGAUGAUGAUGAUGAUGAUGAUGAUGAUGAUGAUGAUGAUGAUGAUGAUGAUGAUGAUGAUGAUGAUGAUGAUGAUGAUGAUGAUGAUGAUGAUGAUGAUGAUGAUGAUGAUGAUGAUGAUGAUGAUGAUGAUGAUGAUGAUGAUGAUGAUGAUGAUGAUGAUGAUGAUGAUGAUGAUGAUGAUGAUGAUGAUGAUGAUGAUGAUGAUGAUGAUGAUGAUGAUGAUGAUGAUGAUGAUGAUGAUGAUGAUGAUGAUGAUGAUGAUGAUGAUGAUGAUGAUGAUGAUGAUGAUGAUGAUGAUGAUGAUGAUGAUGAUGAUGAUGAUGAUGAUGAUGAUGAUGAUGAUGAUGAUGAUGAUGAUGAUGAUGAUGAUGAUGAUGAUGAUGAUGAUGAUGAUGAUGAUGUGAUGAUGAUGAUGACGAUGAUGAUGAUGAUGAUGAUGAUGAUGAUGAUGAUGAUGAUGAUGAUGAUGAUGAUGAUGAUGAUGAUGAUGAUGAUGAUGAUGAUGAUGAUGAUGAUGAUGAUGAUGAUGAUGAUGAUGAUGAUGAUGAUGAUGAUGAUGAUGAUGAGAUGA